AGGUAAACUUCCUUUUAAAAAAGUUGAAGUACAGCAGAGCAUUGCUUUUCCAUCUGACUCUUCAACUGUGGAAGAGCUGAGGAAGAAGAUGGAGGAAAAGAGGUUAAAACGUCGAGAAGAAAUUGCACAAAAAAUAGAAGAAGCGAAACAAAAGAAAAAGGAAAAACGAGCUAAGGAGAAAGCCAAAAGACAAGAGGAAAAACGAGCCCUAGCAGAGCUAUUUUGUAAGUGGAAAAAACCCAGAGAUGACCUGAUGUGUGAUGAUAACAAGGAUCUUCCUGUUCCAACUCCAUUAGACUGCUGCAUUCCACAGGAAUCAUUUGGUGAUGCUGUUAUGGUAAUAGAGUUUUUGAACAGCUUUGGUGACUUAUUAGAGAUGAAGGAUUUUUUCCCACAAGGUUUUACAUUAGAACACCUGGAAAAAGCCUUGCUGGGCACUGACAUAGAAGGACCACUUAAUAAUCUGGUACAGAUGCUACUGACCAACAUUUUCAGGUUUCAGGAAGAAGAAAAGGAAAUAAAUAAAGACAUUGUUGAUAGUUCCACUGUAGAAACAGGUGACAGUCUAGAAGAAAACUUAACUUGUACAAAAGCUGUUCAUUCUGCUACCGUUGCCUCAACCUGGCCUCAGUUAUUUCAUGGAACUGCUCUCAAACAGAUGGCACUAGAUGCUUUCACUGUGACAGAGGUUUUACGUUUGCACUUGUUAAGCUCUGGUGCCCAAAAUAAGACAAGGAGAAACUAUUCACCAAAAGAAGACCCAGGGUUGUGGUUUCAUAUUCAAGAAGGAAGUGUUUUAAGGAGGCUGUCCUAUUUAAGUAUUUUUGAGCUUACAGUUGGAGAAAAAGUGAAAAUUUUGAAAGUGCUAGUAGAUCAGCUAUUAACAUUUGAUGUGAUGCGAGAUGUCAUUGAGGAAAACACUAUUGAACUGAAAAAAGCGAAAAAUGACCUGAAACAUUUACAGUGGGAUUUUACUCGUAAAGAAAAAGAGAAGGCUACAACUAGACAUAAGAAAGAAAAACUAGAAAAAAACAAGAAGAAGAAUGGAUUAGAUAACUCCACUGAAAAUACUGUGGUUGACAAGAUCAUAGAGGAAGGAAAAGAGGAAGGAGGUGGUGAAAAACAAGAACCAGGAGAUAACUUGUCCCAAGAGGAAUGGGAAGAGCAGGAGAAAAAAAAAGCUGAAGAAGAGGUUCAUUGUCAGGAGGAAUUUCAUAAAAAAGAGAGAAAGCUGGUCUCACUAAUUCACCAACUCCACAGUAAAAGUCACAUAGUUCCUUUAGGUCAAGAUCGUGCAUAUAGAAGAUUUUGGUGUUUUAGCAUUGUCCCUGGUCUUUUCGUUGAGGACAAUGACCCAUAUGUUGGUACCUGUCAGGCUCAACCAACUCAGUAUAAUCCUAAUUCUAAUCCUAUGGUCUCUAAGAAUGAAGUGUCUGCUUCACUGUUGAAAAAAUUCUUUCAACAAACAAGUGAUAAUAAGAUCAUCAGUAGUGACAAUAAGAGUGAAAUUGAAAAAACAUCACAAAUUGAAACACCUUGUGGUUUAGUGAAGAUCAAUAAACUAUCAGAAGAAUCUAACUUAAGAGGUGGGGUCUUGGAGAAGCAACUCAUAAAUUUUGAAGUUAGUCUUUCUACAAGGGAGAAUGAAAGUACUAAGAAAAGCCCAACAGAAGCUGUUACAUCUAAUUCAUCAAGUAUAGUUACAUCUCCUGUGUUUGGUAUAUGUACUGCUUGUCCUGAUACUUGUCCUGUACAUAACUUAACCCUACCUAGAACCACGUGGUCAUUUUAUACAAAACCAGAAGAUCUGGAUGAAUUAAUUAGCAGUCUAAAUCCUCGUGGCUUUAGAGAAAGAUUACUACAGAAAACACUGAAGGUUGACAGAAAAUAUCUGGCAGAGCAGAUUGAUAAAUGUCCCAGUCACAAACUUAAUAAAAAUAUUUUACCACCAGCACAACCAGAAGCUAGAAAAUCACAAAGACUUCAGUAUAAUAAGCCAUCACAAUAUGCAGAAAUGUCCCCUGAAGAUGCCUUAGAACUAACCCUGAGAGAUAUGCUUCUAGAAAUGGAAGAUAAGCUGAAUGCUGGAAGUUUAGGUAAUAUCAAGGUGAAAGACAAAGAGGCUUGGAGACAAGCAAUUGAAAAUAGGAGCUAUGAUAUGCAAUGUGAUGGACUACACUGGGGGUGUAAAAACAAUAGGCUACUGGAUGAACCAUCACUAACAUUGGUCAGCUCAAGUAUGGAUGACAAAAUGUCUGAACUCUCAACAUCUCUGACACAAGCACCAGUUUCUUCUGUUGUUAAAGAUCUUUCAUGUGCCUUGUUACAGAUAGCUCAGUCUGUAGAGCCAAGGUACCUUCAGCCACCACUAGGUGAAGAUGAAGAAUUUAAACGGCAAAAACAAAAGGCUCUUUCAGAAAUAUCACAUUGGAAAGCAAAACAAGAAAAAAAUGGAGAAAUUGGAAAAAAUGAAGAUAAUUAUGAGAUUAACCCGCCAGUAAAUAUCCCUAUGUCUCCACUGGAACGAUGGACGGAAUCUCUAAUGACUUCAUCCAGCAUUUCUCAACUUUUUAUUCACCUUUCCACUUUAGAGAAAAGCAUAGCAUGGUCACGUUCGGUAUUAAAAGCCUAUUGCCGUGUCUGUCGACGUCGAGGGGACCCUGAACUUAUGUUUCUCUGUGAUGGGUGUGACAGAGGGCAUCACAUCUACUGUUUAAAGCCACCACUAAAGGAAAUUCCUGUUGGAUAUUGUUUCUGUCAAGACUGCAAACCCAAAGAAAUAACUUCAUUUCGUCGAAAACCAAGAGUUAAUUACUGUGAAGAUGAGGAAGACAGUGACUUGGAUUGUGAUAAAUCAUUUACAGCAACAGAUGAAACUGAUUACAGUGAAAAUUCUAAUGAUGAUGUAUGUGAAGUUUGUCACAAGGAUGGUACAUUAAUUUGCUGUGGCAACUGUCCCUUGGCCUAUCAUUUGGAAUGUGUUAAUCCACCAAUCAAAAGAGUUCCACGUGGAGCAUGGAGAACUAAAAUGCAUCUUAAAUAUGGUAGUUAUCAAACCCGAACUAGUGUGCUGGUUGUAAAAGAAAAUAUUCGAGAAACCAGAAACCAUUCCAAGAAAAUUAAUGAAGAAAGAAAGUCCAAUAUAAUAAAAAAAAAAAGCAAAACGGAUACAUCAGGGAAAAGUCAUGACAGAUGCAACAUUCACCAUCCUUCUAGUUCCCAGAGAAGAAAUGGACAGAAACCAGAGCUUAUGUCAAGGAAACGAAAAUCAGAAGCUAGUGAAGAUGGCACCAGCAAUUCUCGUAGCCGUAACAGUGUUACAAAUACUGAAGAAGGGCUUCUAAACUUCAGAGCUUGUGACAACAUCAUAUUUGAACUGAUUCGCCACCCAGAAAGCUGGCCCUUCCUCCGUCCAGUCAGUCGUAAUAAGGUCUCUGACUAUUACACUAUCAUACAAAAUCCAAUGGAUUUUGGAACCAUCAAGACUAAACUGGAUGACUUAAAAUAUAGAGCAAAUAAGGAAUUUAUUGCAGACGUUAACUUGGUGUUUCAAAACUGUGAAUGUUACAAUGAAAGAGAUUCAGAGACUUAUCAGGCUGGCGUUGAAUUGUCUAAACUGUUCCAUUCACUCUUAAAACAGUAUUAUUUGGAAAACUCUCAAGAAAUAAGUACUUUUGAACCGUUAGGUAUAAAACAACGAAAGACUAGAAGAAUCACUUCUUAGUGAUAUAAAAUAUAUAUAGAUGUUUGUGUUUCUUGUGUUCACAAGUCUGUGUAAUAAUUGCUCAUCAGGAACGUAUUGUUCUUUUACAAAAAUGAUUAUGUAUCUGGCUAACGUAAUGUUAAUGAUACAGUAGGGUUAUAUAUUUUUGUAAAGAAGACUAUAGCAAUAUGAUUCAUAUACAUUUUGUUUAAUUCAGAAAUCUUAGUAAUUGUGCUCUGUAUGAGUCUUAUUUAAG